AUGGCGGCGCCUGGCCAGCCGUCUCCCCAGCAGAUUGCCGCCAUGCAGCAACAGUUCGCUGCUGAGGCCGCAAGGCGUGGCAUGACUCCGGAGGAGUUCGCUAAACAGCAGCGCGAACAGCUGAAUGCCGAAGCCGCGAAGCAUGGCAUGUCCACCGAGCAAUACGUCCAACAACUGAGAAUGCGAGCUCUCGCUGCUCACCAACAGCAGGUCGAGGCCCAACGACAGGGCCAAGGAUCUCCACAGCCAGGACAACCGGGGCAGCAAGGUCAGCAAGAGGAACAAGGCCAGCAGGCACCACAACAGCCCCAGCCACAACAGACUACGCAUCAAGUCCCUGUGAACCCAUCGAAUCCACCAGACCCCAAAGCCAUCGCCGUUGCACAGUUCUUGCGAUCUCAGAACUUGAAGCCGAGAACGUGUAUCAUGGAUGGACAGAGGAAGGACAUGUUCAAAGUGAAACGUGCCAUUCGCGCUCUGGAAUCGCCCGCAUACGCUAAAGCAGCCGGAAAGAAGAACUCUCUACUCCCUCCCGUAACGGACCGUGCAUCAGCAGAGAAUGUUUUCAAGCUCCUCCCUCUAUCACUUCUUGCCUUGCGCGUAUCGAAAGUCGAUCCCCAUGCGGGUCACAACCACGCGAAGCCUAAGAACCGAGUCAAGGGGCUGUGGACCGUCAAGAUUGAGCAACACCAGGAAACAGACCCUAUGAUGCACUACGUAUGGCUAUACGAGGGACCUCAAUGGAAACAGAAGGCUAUGGCCGCCGCAGUGGUGGCUGGUAUUUUCGCCGUUGUUCUUUUCCCAUUGUGGCCCAUGGUGAUGAGACAAGGUGUUUGGUACUUGAGUGUUGGUAUGAUGGGCCUCCUGGGAUUAUUCUUCGCCAUGUCGAUCUUCCGUCUUAUUCUGUUCUGCGUCACGGUCUUUGCUGUUCCUCCUGGUCUCUGGCUGUUCCCGAACUUGUUCGAGGAUGUUGGCUUUAUUGACAGCUUCAAGCCCCUGUGGGGUUGGCAAGAGGGUAAGAAAAAGAAGAAGUCUAAGAAGUCUUCUGGCGACGCAUCCAAGUCUCCAGUCUCUCAAUCUGCCGAGUCUGCCCCUUCAGCGACUACAACGGCAACCGCGGCCUCAGAUACUUCGGGUGCUGUGAAACGUGAUCUGGCUCCUCGAGUUGAGGAGGUUACAGACGAGUAA